AUGGGAGGCGUUGAGGCUAAUCAACCACCAUCAAAACGUAUAAAAGUGAAACGAUCGUCGUCGUCGCCUAGUGAUAUUAUUGAAUCUUCCGAUCUUGACUCUCCAAUGGCUGAAUCCCUAGCCGAUGAUACAAUCGGCUACAAGGGAGUUAGGAAAGUCGAAUUCGUUAGAUUGGUUGCCGAGUCAUUACAUUCUCUUGGGUAUAAAAAAACUGGUGAAUAUCUCGAGAAAGAAUCAGGCAUUACUCUUUCUUCAUCUGGAGUUACUGAAUUCGCCCAACAGAUUCUCGAUGGUAAUUGGGAUGAAAGCUUAAAUUCAUUGAGAAAAAUAUCCGGCCUGGACGAAUCUGUUGUCAAAUCAUCGUCGUUUGUUAUCUUAGAGCAGAAGUUUCUUCAACUUUUGAAUGAGCACAAGGUAGAAAACGCUCUAAGAGCAUUAAGAAAUGAAAUAUCGCCUCUUUCGAUAAACAUGAAUCGUAUUUGUGAGCUUUCUUCCUUCUUGUUGUUAUCUAAUCAAAGAACGAUCAAACCGAAGCCCAGAUCAGAGGUUCUCCGUGAUUUACAGAAGUUAUUUCCCCCAAAUGUUAUGAUCCCAGAACUCCGACUGCUACAUUUAGUAGAACAAGCCGUAGACCUGCAACGUGACUCUUGUUCGUUUCACAAUUCUUUAAACGGGGAUACAUCAUUAUUCAUCGAUCAUAACUGUGGAAAAGGUCAGAUUCCCUUACACACAUCACAGAUUCUAUGCCAUCAUCGCGAUGAAGUCUGGUUCUUGGAGUUUUCUCACAACGGUAAAUUCUUGGCUUCAUCUUCCAAAGAUAGAUCCGCAGUCAUAUGGGAUGUUGAUCUUGAUGGCAAACUCAAAAUUAAAUACGAAUUAUUGGGCCACAAGCAAUCAGUCUCGUGUGUGUCAUGGAGUCCCUGUGACAAUCAGCUCCUCACAUGUGGUGUCGAGGAGGUGGUGAUGCGGUGGGACGUGUUUUCCGGCAAAGUACUAUAUGUUUAUGACAAAAAUGACCUCGGGAUGAUCUCAUGUGGGUGGUCUCCGGAAGGGUAUUCACGGGAAUUAACGACAAAAGUAUCACAAUGUAGGAUUUAA